CUUCUGAGAUUUUUCCUGUUCUCGGCACCAUCAAGUAAUGUCCUAAUGAAAACAGUAGUAACGAAAACUGCUAUAUGGGUGGUUAGAAUUAGAACACCAUGGCCGGACUUCAAGCACCCAGUGCUACCGCCCGUCCUAGUGCCCCGGUUUUCCGACCGUCCGCCUUCUCAUCGGGUGACUGGCUCGGGACCUCAGGCACUCUCCCUACCCAGCAAUGACCAGGCACCUGGUGCCUCUCCGGCGCAUAAUGCACCCACAGCUUUUGGUGCUCCAGAUAGCAUGGCCAAUCCGCCAGAUCCGAGUCCACACGCCAUCAUUCAUGGCGACGCCGUACCCUUACCGUGGUGUUCUAUACAUUACUAUGAGCUGAACAGGCCCGUUGGUCCUGGGGUCUUGGCGAACAGCGCGUGCAGCAGCAAGACCUCCAUUGUCGUUGAUGGCUCCUUCACAGGUCCUGACCAGCAGCAAGACCGAUUCUCACUGGGCCUCCUCUCCAACCCAGAUCGUGAUACUGAUAGCUCCAUUGACAGAGCCCGCAAGCACAUUGGCAGAGGCAUGCGUAUGGACUAUAUUGGUGGUGAAGUGUUUGUCGAAUGCCUGAGCGAGGCCAGCCUGUUUGUGCAGUCGCGCAACACCAAUGCCAUUAAUCACGUCCACCCAUCUACCGUGUGCAAGCUGACCAAGACACACAACAUGAGGGUCUUCAACAACCCACGGUUUGAUGCUGAUCUGACUGUAGCCGUAGACCAAGGAUACGAUGCAGUCAACAACCUUGUCUCUCACUGCCAUUUCAGAGUGAGCUUUGUCAAGGGCUGGGGCUCAGGGUAUCGCCGACAGGAGGUGACAAGUACUCCGUGUUGGAUUGAAGUCACUCUGCACAGCCCACUCCAGUGGAUCGACAACGUCUUGCUGCAAAAUGAAAUGCAUCCUGACCAUCAGCCGCCCAGCUCUACAUCCUGAAUGCUGCUGCUAUCAGGCCGUGCGCUGCUUUGGUGCGUUGCGGGUGGCGGUGUGUGUGUGUGUGCGCGCGCGUGCGUGUGUGUGGGUGCCUGGUUGGUGCGUUCGGGUGACUCUAGAGAGUGGUCAGUGGUGAAGAAGAGUUGUUCCACUGAGGAUUAGCAGGCCGACACAGCAUUGAGGACCUGGCUGCCAGAGGUAAAACAUAACCAAAAACUUGAGUAGUGAUCGUAGGCGAUCGCAUGUGAUCUCUUGUCUAGUCUUGCUCGUGCCCCUGUGAGGGGUUUAUUACCGGUCUAUUUCUUUACGUAGCCAGUAGCGAUUGAUCAGACCGUUGAAGCAAAGCUGCUGCAGUUUACCACUGGACAGCAUGCCCUGCCAUUGACAUUGUAGAAUAUUCAGCAACAGCUACAACAACAACGAUGGCCAUGAUGACGACGACUCUCUGUUGUCUGCUGAUAUUAGGUUUGCCCCAGUCUAUUUUCGUAUAAAAUGUAACCCAAUUUCUAUGCUGCAACAGUACUUUGAAAACUCACUUGCUAGGUAUAGCAUUACUAUUCGUUGCAGGCUUCUGUCCGUUGGCAUAAUCAACAUUGGCAUAAUGAAAAGACGAUACACUGUACUGUAAUUAUCGUAGUCUGCUCUCGUCAAAGAUUGUAUUUUGUUUUGUUUUUUUUGUAUUUUGUUUUUGUUUUUUGUUUUUUGUUUGUUUUGUUUUUUUUGUCACAUUGCACUUACCUACGGAAGAUGGGGAAACAAAACGAAGACAAAAAAAACAAAAACACUGGGCGUGUAGGCGCUACAUCA